GUUAACAAACAACUGAAAACUACAAUUGGUUUAUAAUAAAUAUUGGUUUUUUUUUUAUCACAGAAAAAAAACGAAUUUCUUAUUUCAUUUGAUUUUUGUUUUUCGCCAAAUUCUGGCUUUUUUUUCAACCAUUUAUUUUGUCAUUUGAUUACAAUCGGACGUUUGGGGUUUGCCAGUUGGUUCCUCCUCUUCUUCGCAGGUCACUGUAGCUGGGUUUUUUUUUCUCUCCCAAAACUAGGGUUUCCUUCCCCAAAUUUUGGGGAUUUUUCUAUCAAAUUAUGUAGUUAAGGAAAUUGGAGCCUUUUUCUCUAAUUCUUAUAAUAUUAUGUUUUUACAUGUUUGGGCUUAGGUUGAAAUCUCCAAUUUUUUCCUUUGCUUUUUUUAGCUUUGUUUUUUCCCCUUAGAAACUAGGGUUUGCGCUUUAAAUUUUUGGGGAUUUUGCUAUCGAAUUAUGUAGUUAAGGAAGGUGGAGCAUUUCUAAUAAUUAUAAAAAAAAAUGCUUUUACCAUUUUUCUUCAUGGGCUUAGAUUGAAAUCUCCAGGUUUUUUUUUUUUAAUAUCCGUUUCAAAAUUUGGGGAUUUGCUAUCAAUUUUAUAUAGUGGAAGGAAAUUGGAGCCUUUCUAAUACUUAAAAUAAUAGAUAUCCCUUCCAUCGGCUUAGAUUGAAAAUCUCCAAUUUUUCCUUUGAUUUUUAGCUUUAUUUAUUUUUCAACAAAACUAGGGUUUCGGUUUCAAAUUUUGGGGAUUUUGCUAUCAAUUUAUGCAGUAGAGGAAGCUAGGGCCUUUCUGAAAAAAUAUAAUUUUACCUUUCUUGGGUUUAGAUUGAAAUCUCUAUUUUUUUUCCUUUGAUUUUUAGCUCCACGCUUUUUUCCCCUUUUAAAUAAUUGAUCUAUUGGAGGCUAGGAGGUUUCAAUUUGGUAAAUCCAUUGAAUUUUGAGGGCCUGGGCUAUAAAUACUGAAUUUGACUCUAUUCCCAGUGAAGAGUAGCUUAAAUUAAGCCCCUUUGUGGUAUUGGGUAUUAUUGAAGACAGUAGUUUGUUAUUAUUAUUACUACUCAGAAUGGAUCAUUUGAUUGGUGGUAAGUUUAAGCUUGCAAGAAAGAUUGGCAGUGGCUCUUUUGGAGAACUCUAUUUAGGGGUUAAUGUGCAAACUGGAGAAGAUGUUGCUGUCAAACUGGAACCUGUGAAAACCAAGCAUCCACAGCUUCAUUAUGAGUCAAAAUUGUAUAUGCUUCUUCAAGGAGGAACUGGUAUUCCCCGCCUUAGAUGGUUUGGACUUGAGGCGAAUUACAAUGUCAUGGUAAUUGACCUUCUUGGACCUAGCUUGGAAGAUUUGUUUAACUACUGCAACAGGAAGCUCUCAUUAAAAACGGUGUUGAUGCUUGCUGAUCAAUUAAUUAGUAGAGUAGAAUAUAUGCAUUCGAGAGGUUUUCUUCACCGUGAUAUAAAGCCUGAUAACUUCUUGAUGGGCCUAGGGCGCAAGGCCAAUCAGGUAUAUAUCAUCGACUAUGGUCUUGCUAAGAAGUAUAGGGAUCUUCAAACUCAUAAACAUAUCCCAUACAGAGAAAACAAGAACCUAACAGGCACAGCUCGCUAUGCAAGUGUAAACACUCACCUUGGAAUUGAACAAAGCCGGAGAGAUGAUGUGGAAUCCAUUGGUUAUGUGCUCUUGUAUUUCCUGAGAGGAAGCCUUCCUUGGCAGGGGUUAAAAACGGGUACAAAAAAGCAAAAAUAUGAUAGGAUUACUGAAAAGAAGGUAUCGACUCCUAUAGAGGUGCUUUGUAAGUCAUUUCCGUCUGAGUUUGUGUCAUAUUUUCACUACUGCCGAUCUUUACGGUUUGAAGAUAAGCCAGAUUAUUCAUAUUUGAAGAGGAUUUUCCGAGACUUGUUUGUAAGAGAAGGUUUUCAAUUUGACUAUAUCUUUGACUGGACUUUAUUGAAGUACCCACAGAUUACCGGCGGCUCCAAAGGGCGGCCUUCCGGUGGAAAAGCAGGUUUAGCUGCCGGACCAGCUGUUGAAAAACCAGAAAAAUUCUCAGGCGGAAAAGAUUUUCGGGACAGAUUUGGUGGAGUCGAAGGGGUUCCCAGAAGACACAUUUCGACAACGAGACAGAAGGCUGUUGAGGAUGUCAAUUUGUCAAAGCAUGUGCAUCAUGAUUCAGAUAAAAGACAUAGUGCCUCUCGAUACGGCAGCACUUCAAGAAGAGCUGUAAUAGCAAGCAGGGCUAGUUCAGCCGGUGAAGCCAAUGACAUUCCAAAAACUCGACGGCUAUCAACCGGCAGUCGUAUCCAUAACCCAGCAGAAAGAAUCCAACUUGCCAUCGAGGCCAAAACAGGCCGCACCGCCGCUAGAGGAAGCCAUGAUGAUCAUCCACUUAGAAGUUUUGAGCUCCUCAAUAUUAAGAAAUGAUUGGCUCAAGUAUUAGACUGAUGUUUUCUCAGAACUUUCAUUCACAACUGUGUAUAUGGGACAUAUAUAUAUAUAUAUAGCUCCAUAAUCACUACCCUCAACAGUUCAUGUGGUUUUCCCUUGUUACCAAUCAUUUUUCCAAGAUUUUCCCCCCUGUUUUAAGAGUUUAUUUAUGACCAUUGUAACAUGUUCUAGACAUCAUGAAACAAAAUUCAUGUAUUUCUGUAAUUUUAUUUGUCAUAUGCAACUUGGAUGGUUGCAAUAAGAAAAUAUUAUUCUUGUGUUUUUCCCUUUUA